UGCAAAACACAUUUCAAAUUAAGAUUUUGUAUGGAUUAUACAAAAACAGAUAAGAACAAAAAUGAACAGAUAAUAUGAAAAGCAAAAAAAAAUAUAAUAUAAUCCCUUCAAUCCUUAUUAUAAGAAAAAAAAUAUAUAUUUAACACAUUGAACAAUAAUUGUAUAUAUAUAAUCUAUAUGAAUCAUAUAGAGUCUCAUCCCAGGAAAUAUUUUUGAUUUGAAGAUGGGAUUAGAAUCUUCUGAUUCAAGUGAUGACAACCUCAACAACAACCUUAGCAACCCUUUGUUACUCUCUGAAUCUCAUUAUCCUAAAAGAACAGGGACUGUUUGGACUGCCGUUGCACACAUAGUGACAGGUGUGAUAGGAUCUGGAGUGUUGUCUCUUCCAUGGAGUAUUGCACAACUUGGUUGGAUUGUGGGACCAUUCUCCAUUCUUCUUAUUGCUUCUUCAACUCUCUUUUCCGCUUUUCUACUGUGUAAUACUUAUCGUUCUCCUAAUCCUGAAUAUGGUCCUCAUAGAAGUGCUUCUUAUCUUGAUGUUGUCAAUUUUAAUUUAGGAGUUGGGAAUGGACGAUUAUGUGGCCUUCUUGUGAAUAUAUGUAUUUACGGUUUUGGAAUUGCCUUUGUCAUUACAUCAUCUAUCAGCUUAAGAGCAAUCCAAAGCUCAAUUUCUCAUCAUGACAAAGACAAGGAAGCAACAAGUGAAUUUGCAGAUGCAUAUUAUAUGCUGCUUUUUGGGAUUCUCCAAAUUGUUCUCUCGCAGAUACCAAACUUACAUGACAUCAAUUGGCUCUCAGUUGUCGCUGCGAUGACGUCUUUUGCUUAUUGUUUCAUUGGAAUGGGACUUGCCAUCAUGCAAAUCAUGGAAAAUGGAUAUGCUAAGGGUAGUAUUGAAGGAAUCAGUACCUCUAGUGGAACUGAGAAGUUGUGGUUGAUUUCCCAAGCGCUUGGUGACGUGUCAUUCUCGUAUCCUUUCUCGACUAUUAUGAUGGAAAUACAGGAUACUUUGAAGACGCCUCCGCCAGAAAACCAAACCAUGAAAAAGGCCUCAACCAUAUCAGUCUCUAUCACAUCAUUCUUUUACCUCUGUUGUGGAUGUGCCGGAUACGCUGCAUUUGGCGAUAAUACACCAGGAAACCUUUUAACCGGAUUCGGACUCUCAAGGUUUCAAUGGCUAGUGAACUUCGCUAAUGCUUGUAUUGUGAUUCAUCUAGUUGGUUCAUAUCAGGUAUACUGCCAGCCACUGUUUGGCAAUGCCGAGAGUUGGUUACGUUUUAGAUUCGCUGACAGUGAAUUUGUGAAUCACACAUAUACUUUGAAACUCCCAUUGCUGCCAGCUUUUGAACUAAGUUUUCUCAGCUUAUCAUUCAGAACUGCUUAUGUUGCAUCAACCGUUGGGAUUGCAAUGAUCUUUCCUUACUUCAACCAGAUUCUCGGAGUUUUAGGUAGCAUAAGCUUUUGGCCAUUGACCGUAUAUUUUCCAGUGGAAAUAUACUUGAGUAGGUCGAAUACCGAUUCGUGGACUGCUAAGUGGAUUAUGCUUCAAACUUUCAACAUUUUUGGAUUUGUAUUUGGAUUGUUCACUCUGGUUGGAUCCAUUAGAGGACUCGUUACCGAAAGAUUAGGCUAAGAAGUUCAGAUUGGCAUCGAUGAAUGCGGGCAUUAUUCUAUAGUUGUAAGUUGUUUUGCAGGUCAGGUUUUUGAAGUUGGACCUGUAGAGUGGAAUAAAGAAAAGUAUGACUUGUUGGACAAAAUCUGAGUUGUGUAACUUUUGUUUGAAGUCUUGGUAAUAUGAGAUUAAUUUUGAAUGAA